CAGGCUGGAGGCGAGACUCGGCCAUGGAGGCGAAGGGCUGCCGCUACCAGUUUCGGAUCGUGGUGCUGGGGGACGCGACGGUGGGUAAGACAUCGCUGCUGCGACGCUUCGUGGAGGGCGCGGCCGGGACCCUGGAGCCCGAGCCGGAGCUGGAGGCGGCGCCCACCGUGGGCGUCGAGUUCUACGGCCGCGCGCUGCAGCUGCCGGCGGGACCGUGGGUCAAGCUGCAGCUCUGGGACACCGCGGGCCAGGAGCGCUUCAGGUGCAUGACCAGGUCUUUUUACCGGAAUGUGGUGGGUGUCCUGCUGGUUUUCGAUGUGACAAACAGGAAGUCCUUUGAACACAUUCCAGACUGGCACCAGGAGGUCAUGGCCACUCAGGGCCCCGACAAGGCAGUCUUCCUGCUCCUGGGCCACAAGAGUGACCUGGAGAGCACCCGCUGUGUCUCAGCCCAGGAGGCAGAGGAGCUGGCUGCCUCCCUGGGCAUGGCCUUCAUGGAAACCUCAGCCAAAAAGAACUGCAAUGUGGACCAAGCUUUCCAGACACUUGCCAACGCCAUCCAGCAGGCCCUGCAGCAGGGGGACAUCAGGCUGGAGGAGGACUGGGGGGGCAUCCGGCUCAUCAAGCCUCAAAUCCCCAGGCUCCCCAGCAGGAAGCAGCAUGCAGGCCCCUGCCAGUGUUGACUCUGGGAGGGAAGGGGUUAAACCAGUGCCAACCUCAGACGUGCUCGUGGGAUGGAGACUCUCUCUCCAAAGGACAAAUGGCGGAAUAUACCUGAAGGGAUCAUAUAAACAAUAUCCUGGCCUCGUCAUGGCUCCUGAAUCUGGGGUCUUAGAGCUCAGCCCCUUUCCACCAGGAAGGUCUAGGCUCUGGCCAGGUAGCUCAGCUGGUUAGAGUGUCGUCCCAAUACGCCAAGGUUGUCCGUUAGAUCGCAUACAAGUAUCAACCAAAGAAUGCACGAAUAGUGGAACAAUAAAUCAGUGUCUCUCCCUCUCUCUCUAAAAUCAAUCAACAAAAGGAAGUUCUAGAGGCAGGUAUACAGCUUCCUGUUGAGCCUGCUUCGUCAUAAAACACCCUGCCUCAAGGGAGUGGGGGGUGGGGAGGUGCAUGAAUGAGAUAAUGGAUGGGAUAAGCUCAGCCAGAACCUGCCACUUGCUGAGAACUAAAUGACAAGAACUGUCAUCACCACUCCUCUUGGCUGGGAUGGGCCAUUUCCAGCAGCCUUCCGGGGCUGGGACGCUGAGACGCUGAGUCUGUACACGCUGCACAGGUGAGGAUGAGUGCAGGGAAUUUCAGGGGGAGCCUGGCUCAGAGCCUCCUUAGGUCCUCAGGCUUGGAUGAGUCUGGGCAUGGAAAUAAGGUGUGGUUGUUGCUGCCCAGUGCCCUUGGUCCAAGGCCAGGGACUGGAUCUGGAUCUGGGAGGCCGGGCUGAAGAGCCCAUAGCCUCCUCCUCACCCUUAUCCCCACCCCACGCC